AAAAUCUACCACCCGCGCUGCACCUCUUCUCCCAAACCCACCUCUCAGCCAGGAAUUUCCUUUCUAACUCCCUCCCUAAAGUUUCACCACCCGGUAAAUCGAACCCGCCUUCCCACCCCCUCAACGCACACCGUACUGCGUCCUUUCUAACUCUUUAAUCUUCUUCUGCACCCUGUAUCCCUUCCUUUCGUUGCUUUUUCCUCCUAACCCUUCCUCGCUCUUGCCUCACUGCCCCUCACUAGACACUCUAAUAAGACAUGUGUUCCCCCCUCCCCAGCCCCUCCUGUACUCUGCAGCCCAGUGUAACUAGGACUCCAAUUCUGAUUCAGACACUGAGGCUGGAGCCACUGGCGGGGGAGCAGAGAUGGAUUUCCUGCGGAAUUUCUUCUCCCAGACCCUGGGCCUGGGCUCUGAGAAGGAGCGUCUGUUGGAUGAGCUCACCCUGGAGGGGGUGACCCGCUACAUGCAGAGCCAACGCUGUCGCAGGAUCGUCUGUUUGGUGGGGGCCGGAAUCUCCACGUCCGCCGGCAUCCCCGACUUCCGAUCGCCAUCCACCGGCCUCUAUGCCAACCUGGAGAAGUACCACCUCCCCUACCCGGAGGCCAUCUUUGAGAUCGGCUACUUCAAGAAACAUCCGGAACCCUUCUUUGCCCUCGCCAAGGAGCUCUAUCCUGGGCAGUUUAAGCCCACCGUCUGCCAUUACUUCAUCCGCCUGCUGAAGGAGAAGGGCCUGCUCCUGCGCUGCUACACGCAGAACAUAGACACGCUGGAGCGCGUGGCCGGGCUGGAACCCGAGGACCUGGUGGAAGCCCACGGUACCUUCUACACCUCGCACUGCAUCAGCCCUCUCUGCCGGCAGGAGUACUCGCUCAGUUGGAUGAAAGAGAAGAUCUUUUCGGAGGUGACCCCCAAGUGUGAGAAGUGCCAGGCCGUGGUGAAGCCUGACAUCGUGUUCUUCGGUGAGAACCUGCCAGCACGCUUCUUCUCCUGCAUGCAGUCAGACUUCCAGAAGGUGGACCUCCUCAUCAUUAUGGGCACCUCACUGCAAGUGCAGCCCUUUGCGUCCCUCAUCAGCAAGGCCCCCCUGUCUACCCCACGCCUGCUCAUCAACAAGGAGAAGACAGGCCAGACUGACCCUUUCCUGGGCAUGAUGAUGGGUCUUGGAGGAGGCAUGGACUUCGACUCCAAGAAGGCGUACAGGGAUGUGGCCUGGCUGGGAGACUGCGACCAGGGCUGCCUGGCCCUUGCUGACCUCCUGGGAUGGAAGAAGGAACUGGAGGAGCUUGUCCAGAAGGAGCAUGCUGCCAUCGACGCCCAGUCAGCCGCGGGGGGCGCCAACCCCAACCCCAACCCCACCGUUUCCGAUGACCCCAAGAAGUCUCCGCCACCAGCCAAGCCGGAGGCCAGGGCCUCAGAGGGGGAGAAGCCCCAGUGACAGGGCUCAGCCCCUGCCCGCCCCUCUCUAACGUAUAACUCACAACAGCGCCCCCAGCUCGUAACUACUCCCCAACAGAAAAACUGGGGUCCCAGCCCCUCAACCCGCCACAGUUCCAGCGUCCCCCAGGGGCCAGGUCUGAGCAGCCCAUAACAGCCUCCCCCUUUAACUCCUCUUAGGGGCAAGGAUCAACCUCUCUCUAAUCUCUAACUGUUGGGGGUGGGGGGGCGAGGCAGCCCUCACCCUGCAACUGUCCCAGGACAGGGAUCUGAGGCCUCUCACUCCACGCCUGGGCCCUGAGGCUGAGCCUGAAGACCUCCACCUCUUUGCCUCCGACUUCAGAGUGGGUGCUUCCCCCAGGGCCUGCUUCCCACCCAGGGGUGGGGAGAUGUCACCCGUAUUAAGACAAAUUAAAAACAACCACAAAGCUGGCA